ACUGGUGAAAUUAACAGUUCCCACCCAUUUUGACUGCUAAUAACCGUGGGAGAGAUCAAUUGAGGGGCCUCUGGGAGAAAGUCAUUGGAAACUGUUCCCUUUUCUGGUAAGGCGACAUGGGUGUGAUCGCGCAUGCCCAAAGACUUGGGUUGCAUGAAACGAAAAUGGCGAUGUACGGAGGAUGCCAAACAUUUCGAAGGAUUUGUAAAGAAAGCAAGCUCAAAACAUAAAAGGAUUUUGACUGAAGGCUGUGAUCGUAUCUUGACAUACAAUGGCACUUUUGACAGUGGAACGAUCGCAGUCCAUCGAGGGCUUUUUGAGCUCUUCCAGUGAGGAAUCGAGCCACCAGGAUCAAUUGAUAACCCUGGGACAUCUUCCAAACAAAUUUUGACUGAAUUCUUAGGUGCACAAGAUGAUCAGGAAGAUGUCACCCAGAUAGAUGAUGCCACAGACUUUCAUUCCCCACGGCCCCCCAAACUUGGAAGAAUGAGAUCGCCAAGUUUUGCUGGUUACUUUGCCUCGAGGGGAGGAGCUGUUUCCCUUCCUGUUGGAAAAGAGACAAGAACAGCCACAAAUUCUCAUAAAAAGACUUGCGGGGAAUUACAAUUGCAUUUACAGGAGAUGGUAACAUAUCUUAGAGAAGAGGAUUCUCUUAAGAUGGCUGUUAGAAUCGAGAGUCAACUACCCGACAAGAAGAGAUACCUAACUGCAGUGACAAACUCCAAAGAUCAAUGUAUAUUGAUUGGUGUUGAUUGGGAUAAAGGGCCAACGAUUGGCACUGUUUUGGAGCUGCAUGGAUCAACAGUCACCAAGCUGGGCGGUGAUGGCGGAUUUCAUGUGUCCUACGAAACAGAGAUUGGUCACUACUUCAAGCCUGUCUCAGUGCAGACCCUCUGGUCGGCUAUCCACAUAAUUCAAAGAGGCAUUGACGUUGCCAAAAAGAGUGUCGAAACAGACAGCUACAGGGAAUUUACCGACUAUUACAAAAAAAGAAUCAAUUCGGAUCCCACGAGUAUUAGCGAAUGGAAUAUGAUGGAUGAUCUGUUGUCAACGAGGCAGUUUGACCUGGUUUUGUCAGAGCAAGAACAAUCCGAGCAAGCCAUUGUUAAAAAGCUUGUACGAUCCAAACUUAAGGAGGUGAUGAUCAGGGUUGAUAUCGAUGAAAUUACAUGUCGCCAGAUAAGAAUCAUUUGCGAAGAUGAGCUCGGAAUGGACCUUUCCGAAUUCAAAUCUUUUUUGGAUAUCGAAAUGUUUACAAUUCUUGGUCAAAUGGACUCUGCCUCAAAGAUAUUCGACUACCUUUACUUGGGCUCUGAAUGGAACGCAUCCGAUUUACCACAGCUGCAAGCCCUUGGAAUUGGAUAUAUCCUUAAUUUGACGAGAGAAAUCGAUAAUUUUUUCCCUGAUACGUUCCAUUAUUGCAACAUAAGGGUUUACGAUGAAGAAGACACAGAGUUGUUGCAGUACUGGGAUCGCACCUACCGUUUUAUUCAUAAUGCCAGAUUGGCUGGUUCCAAGGUACUUGUUCACUGCAGGCGAGGCAUUAGUCGAUCUGCAUCAUCGGUCAUUGCGUAUAUCAUGAAAAGUCGUGGAUGGUCUUUAACAGAAAGUAUGGAGUAUGUUAAGAAAUGUCGGAGUAUUAUUGAACCGAAUGCUGGGUUCCAAAAGCAGCUGAUUAUAUACGAGGGUAUCUUGAAUUCGAGUCGGCAUCGACACAGUGACCUCUUUCGUCAAAGAUCGAAGUCCGAAAUGGAUACACCAUCAACUCGAGAUAGAAGGAAAGUGUUUCGGGAUUCAAAGUUGCAUGGGGAAAUUGACGAAGCGGACGAGGAGAGAACUGAUGGCGGAGAAAGAUUGGCAUCUAAGAGUGCAAAAAGGCCUAAAUCAUGGACACCCGAUGUGUCUAAGGAGGUUUUAAGUGAGCAAGAAAAGCGUGGAGAGAUUGUCAACAAAAUACCAUCGGCAAUCGAUGAGAUAUCUUGUCAGAACGAAAGUAUCCCAGAUGAUGCAAGGGCUGUUCUGGAUGGUGAUGAAGUAGGUAAUAUGAAGUUUGAGGAGGAGCAGCAAAAUCUGAUGAAAGAAAACGCAGAUUCGCUUAAAGGUGUGAAAGUACAGCGUCAUGGCCGAAGAAGGAUAAUAUCACGUGCAAAAACAUUGCCAUCGCAGCUGAUGACGCACUUAGCAGGUGACACUGGGAAGGAGGGCAGUUCGUCAAGUAGCGCAGUGGAGGAUGCCAAGGAUGAAAACCUCUUAGAGCAAGCUGUUGCUGCAUCUGUCAUGAAAAGUAAAAUGCUUCGCAGUCUGGAACAGCUUCAAGGCCUAAGGAAAACUAAGGAGAUUUUAGAUAACCAGUUUUCGGUUGAAAGUAUUAUUAGGCCAUCGAGUUUGCGGAAAGCAUCAUUCUCAAGAAGGCUUCCAUUUGAAAGAACAAAAUCAUUUUCAGAGGAAGCAGAGAGUAGUUCACGCAAGCGCAUUAGGAACAGGGCAUACACUAUCGGCGUGUCGCGAUAUUGCGAGUAUGACGAUGACAAUGCAGAGCAGGGUGAUGAGCUUUAUGAUUAUGAUCACUGUGAUGAAGUUGAUCGCAAUGAUGGCGAUUGUAGUAAAGGAGAUCGCAAUGACGGCGAGAAUGGUUGUAGUGGUGCUAUUCAAGAAGAAGGUCAGGCGACUGUUGAUGCGGACGUUGUGAAGGAGACAAACAUAGAGGGGAGUACUGCAAAGGAAGAGGACAAAGGAUCUGCAGAGAAUGCUUCUCCAUCAACCCAUGGAAGAAAUGAUGCGGAGAAUCAACCUUCAGCAAAUGAUAAUGUGAUAGAAGUACCCCAAUUCAUAGAUGUGAAGGAAUCAAAAAAAUUAAUUGAGGAACAAGAAAAAAUGUUGGCUCAGCGAGUUCGUAUUUUACGAUGUCCACGAAGGCACACUAUAGGGGAAUCGAAAAUAUGGAACAAAAUUGUCAAAGAAGAAGGCAGUUGCAACCAGCAGGGCUAUCAGAAAACAGAAGCGGAUGGCAGUACAGAUGAUGGGUCGGAAAAUAGUCGUGAACUUAAAACGAAGUCGAGAGCAUUGAACGAUGGUGUGUUGAAGGACAAGAGCAAGCAUCAUAAGCGCUCUGCAAACGACAGUAAAUUGCAGAAGAACAACUCAUUUUCAGGGGGAAUUGUUUCGAAAAAGGGUCCCAACAGAGAUGAUCAGGGCCAUUCUGAACCGGGGUACUCUGAACAGGCAAGUUCUCACCAGGAUGUUUCAGUCAAAAAGUUAGUACAAAAGCACGCAGCUUUGAUUCAGCAAACCUCUCCCCCUGGAAAUUCAGAAACUCCAACUAUCUUUUUUGAUGAUGCUAGUUUUUGUGUUGCUACAGUAGAGCAGAGUCUCCUCUCGAACUCACCAAGCAUCAUUGACGGGGGUGAAGUGCUUGAAGAUGAGCAUGAAGAACAGCCAGAUACAAGCAAGCCCGCUGAUAUUGUAGAACGGGGUAUAGUUAAGAGACAUUCACAGAUUUUCUCAAAAGCUAUCGACAAAGCAUUGGAUUCGGGCACGAUGACUGAUUCACAAGGGCAAAAAGAAGGCCCCGCUAGAGACAAUCCGUUUGACCGAUCAAAGCGAAGGAGUGUGAAAGAGAGGUUGCAGGAAAUAGAAGGGAGUCAACGAAACCAACGCCCUAUUUCAUUGAAUUUAGAAAAGGGGACAAUGCCCUUUGACACGGAAAGUGUAGAUUCUGCGAACACUGAAAACGUGGACAGUAAAACAAGCAAAGAAGUAUGUUCCGAUCUUUGUCCUACCAGUGACUGUGCAUUGAAAGCUUUAUCGGCACCCCCGUCUCCGAAUCCGACUGUUGCUUCACGAGAGCGUUUGAAUUCAAGAAACUGUUCAGACGUACAGGGGGUCAUGAAUGGUCGUUCUUCCAGCAUGAAUGAUGUAGCUCAGUAUGAUAAUGUGGCCAAGUGCUCACAUGAUGUUUUUGUGAGCUUGCCCGGCAGCGAAACGCCGGGAGAAGCUGUAAAAAGUCUCGUGGACAGGUUUGAAGGAAAUACUUUAGCCUCAUGACUUCCAGAUUCAAAGUUCCCUGAAAAUGUAUGUUUAGUUUACAAUCCUUUUAACCAAUAAGCACUUUCUAUCUGAAAAGCAACGCUUGAUGAAUAUAAUAUAUCUGGCUUUAAAAAAUCAUUUUUAUUUUUGUAAAUCAAAUGGAUCAGAAAGGUAUUAUUCUUAAGAUGUAUCGUUGCAGUUAUGUUAUCUCACCCCGCCGCGUUUUGGCAGAAUCAGCUAUAAGUGUUUCUGUAUCCUCUUUUACACUGUCUAGAGCCAUUUAUUCCCUUAAAUGGAUUCAAUUUUAGUGAUAUCGGUUAUAUUAACCGACUCUUGUUGGCUCUUCAAGCUUGGAUUUUCCAACGGUCAUUCAUCCGUAACGGGGCUGUGUGAUAUAGGACGCAGAACCUAUUUCCCACUUUGGUUAAAAGUGUGUUCUAGUCGAUUCUUCUGAUUCGUUAUUCUGUAUUAUAUUAUAACUAUUGAUAAAGAAGACGCUUUUAAGAAACAAAUUCGAAAAUAUUUGGAAACCGCGGCUUUUUAUAGAAAGAACAUUUUUCUGUCGCUCAUGACUGUGUGGUUGAUACCGCUGCCCUUGUUUGUCGCGUUUCCAAAUGUAACACAUUUUGUAAGCCUAGUCAAGUAGUUUUGUAUUUACUGUGCAAUUAAUUUAUAUUCUUAUAUUUCUUACACAUUUGCUAUAGAUAUGAAAUUCAAUUCAAUAGUAAA